CCCAAGUUCACCGUUCGGCCGUCAUCGUCACGCGUACAUCCAGCGCGCUGGACCAUUUAAUCGGCAACGGUCACAGGUCAGACCAAAGAGAUAUCUGGUGCUCGACGUCGCCUCGGUCUGCAGUUGCUCGCAAGUAUCUCGUCCGUGCAACACGAUCAACCCCUCGAGAAGCUUCGGUAGUUUCUUCUGGAUUCCAAAGUUGCAUUCUGAUCUGCAGGAUGACCCGGCCAAACGUGAGGAGGCGGCAUUCCGAAAUAUCGCAGUUGGAGUCGGUCGUUAAAAUAUCGAGCUUACCGAUCGUCGAAAGCGGGAUACACAUUGCUGGGAACGUUUACUACAAGAUCAAGCGUUCAAAUUCUCUUGUGAACUGGAGUCUCGAUACUGCCGAGCAAUCUCUAGCUGCGGCAACAGCUUCGGCAAAACCGGCUCUCCUUGUGCUGAAUGGACCGAUAUCAACGAUUGAUCAGCUUCUCUGCAAGGGGAUAGACAUCGUCGAGCAGAGAGUGCCGGCGCUGAAUCUUCCGCCACAGCUCCAGAUGUACGACAAUACAAAACAAUUCGUGAGCAAGCGAUUGGUCAAACCAAUGUUGAUGCGGGCUGGAAGCGUUAAGCAGAUGGGCAGCGACGCCGCUAACCUUGCUGCGGACAGACUAGACGGCGCCCUGACCGUCGCCGAGGAAUACGUCGAUCGCUACUUGCCCGCCGACCCCUCGGACAAGACCGCAGAUGGUAAGAAUCCAACCAGCAGCACAGUCAUAGGGCUCCGUGACCUCGGACAUUCUGUUCAACACGACAUUUUACGCUUGCUUGAAGGCACUUCGGACCGCAAGAUCCCCACCGAGGGGGUCAGCAAGACGGCAAGGACGAUACACCAUGGGGCUCGAUUCUCAAGGAAACUGCAGCGUCGGCUGACGCGUCGCACCCUCGCCGAAGCUCGUGCCCUUAAGGAGCAAGGGACGGAGUGCAUCCACGUCCUUCUCUACGUCGCAGAGUUGAUCGCAACUGACCCGAUACUGGCGCUACAAAAGGCCCGGGAAUUGUGGAAGGCGCUCAGUCUUCCUGAACCCGAAAAUCAGGCCCGUCCUGCGACUCUGGAACAGCUUCUGGUUCUUUUGACCAGGGAAUCAGCUCGCCGGGUCGUUCAUCUCGUUAACGGAACGGCGACGGUUGCGUCAAGAGCGCCACGACGAAUCGCUCGAAUCUUAGUCCGGACUUCGCAUCAGCUUCUAGACGCUGUUGAAACCACGUUCAAGAUGUUAACGAUUAACAACAACCGCAGCAACGCUCUCCCUCAGGCUUCUGCCAUCCGUGCAUCCAUCUUCAGGCUUCUAGAAUUCUACGGUUCUACGACUAACAUUGCACUGGAACAAUUUGCUGCAUUCCUGGCCGGACGUCCGAGUUCUGAAAAGGUCGUGAACGUCCAAAACCGCCAACAAAAUCACAAUAAUCACGUUAUCGUUACCACUGACGUUUUGGCCAACGGUGCCGAGUAGAAUCGUGGCUUACACAUUCAUCCUUUCGGAAGCUUUUUUUUAUACAUAAAUUUGACAUUGAGCAUUUCGGAGAGAAACUUGACCUCUCUGAAAUCCUCAGGUCUAUUCUGAAGGGCUGUUAUUAUCUUGUCUUUCUACGUUGCUUGCUGCUAAUUUGUUCAUAGUGCUAAAGUAAGUCUUGGGUGAUAUUGCAGAUUUUUUUUUAUUUAGUUUCACAGUAAAUUUUUCACAAAACCGUCGAUCACUGGAGUUUCACACUCCUUUUCUAUAAUCGGUUUCUCCUUUGACUCACGAUUGUAUAAUCUGUUGAUGAAAGUGACUGUGGAUAAUUCAAGCGAUGCAAGUUCUGCUACACGAACUUCCACUCACUUGAAGCUUAUCAACUACGCGUAUGAAUAGCUCGUAGAUACGUAGUCGAUAUGAAUAUAAGGAGGGGGAAAAGUAGAUAACGAACCCGAAGUAAAAUGUCCCGAGAGUAUAUUCUAAUCAAUAAAUGCAAGACGUCAAAACGUUGUUUUUAAAACUGCAA